AUGUCUACCGUCGAAGCAACAAAGCCGGUUGACCAGGCCGUGACUGGCAGCGUCGCGCCUGCGCCUGCUCCAGUCCUGGCCAGCGAUAACCUUGCCGCUCCCGUCGAGGCACCCAAGACCGAAGACGUCUCCAAGCCAGAGGGCGAGACCGUCGUCCCAGUGGAGGAGAAGAAGGACGACAAAGUAGAGGAGAAGAUCGUCGAGCCUAUCUAUAGCGGUGCUCUGGGCUACAAGGCCCCGGGCCUGAAGAAUGCUUUCCGCUUCGCCAAGAAGUACUUCUGGUUCGGCGAGGAGCCCGUGCCAUCGUCCAACCUGGCUCAAUACCUUCGUGGUGAGAAGCCCGAGGUCGCCCACCCGGUUGUUGCGUGGUCCAGCCAGACUGGAAAGGGUCUCCUGUACUUUGUCAAGCACGCCGACACGAAGGAGCACCCCGCCGGUGUCUUGAACUUGGCCUAUGCGACCGACCUGCACAAGGAUGGCCUUGUUGCCUUCGCGUUCAAGAUCUCUGGCCACAAGCAUGCUUUCGAGGCCCAGACCGCGGCUGAGCGUGAUGGCUGGUUCCUCGCCGUCGAGAAGGCUAUUGCGGAAGCCAAGGAAGCCAAAGAGGGUAUCGAGUCCAGCGAGGGCUACAAGGAGCAGAAGGAGAAGAUUGGCAAGCCUACUCCGCUAGCGGCCGCCUCCACCUCCGCACCCAAGAAGAGCAUCGACGCUACGCCUAAGCUCGCCGAAGGCGACGCACCUGCUACCGAGGGCCCGGUUGUUGCUACUCCUGCACGUGCUGGAUCAUCUUCCAGCAGCUCGUCCGAUGGGCAGAAGAAGGCCAAGAAGUCGAAGAGCAAGUCUCGCUCCGUGAGCCGCAAGCGUGCUAGCAUCUUCGGUGGUCUUCGUGGCAAGAAGGACAAGGAGGGCGAGGCUGUCAAGUCUGAGUCUGAGGUCAAGAAGGACGAGUCUGCCGCUGCUCCUCAACUCGGCGAGACUUCGACCACCGCUCCUGUCAUCACCCAGGACAUUCCCAAGCCAAGCGAGGAGCUCAAGACAGACGCUACUCCUGCCCUCGCGGAAGAAGCUAAGACAGAGGAAACUCCUGCGAAGGCGACUGAGGAGAAGCCCAAGAUCUCCAAGCGCGGAUCAAUUUUUGGUUCCUUCGUCGAGAAGCUCAAGAGCCCCAAGGAAGAAAAGAAGGAACAUGAUUUCCCUGCUCCACCAGCCCCGGCCAAGGACACUGACGCCGUUCCUGAGGCUUCAAAGCCCCUAGAGGAGGCCCAUGUUGCUCCCCCGGCCACCCCAGUUGUCCAUGAGACAUCUGCUACUGAGGACACCAAGCCUGUCGCGACUAGGACCCCGGAGAAGGAGAAGGAACACUUCUCAUUCGGCAAGCUUUUUAACAAGGAACGGGCUAAGUCGCCUGCACCUGAAGUCAAGGCCGAUGUAGCACCAAGGCUUGAGGACACUGCUGUCGCAGCCCCGGCUGUUGUUGAGCCCGUUCAGCCUGUGGCCGAAAGCAAGCCAGAGGUUGUUGAGGAGAAGAAGGAAGAGACGCCAAAAAAGGAGAAGCGUGCUUCCUUUUUUGGUUCGUUGACUCGCAGUCUUUCCAAGGCCACAACCAAGAAAGACGUCAAGACCCACGAGACCAAGGAGACUCCCGCGACGGUCCCAGAAGUCUCUGAGGAGACUCCUGUCAUUGCUGAGAACAAGACUGAGACACCUGCUCCCGCUGCCCCUGUUGAGCAGACGAUCGGCGAUGUCCCUGCUGAAGCCGUCACUGUAGGCGAGCCGAAAAGCGCCCUCCCCGUCGCCACCAAAGUAUAA